UAUAUGUUAAAGACCCACCCCUCUUCAGCACGUCAUUGGUCCACGACAUCAAAAAUUAUAUGGUCCAUGCGAUAUCCAUCGGACGGUCCCCGCAGCUUCUUCCGUACCGGUUGUCCCCCUUCGUCUGCUCGAACCUUCUCGCGUUAUCCUUUCUUGCUUUCUCCCCUCUUCCUCCUUCCGUCCUCUCCCUCCAAUUUCCUCCUCCAACGAGCUCCUCCCACCACACCUUCAGCCUCCUCGUCCUCUGCUGCAGGUGCUCUUCCUUGGCCAGCUCCGCUCGUCCCGGUGUGCAGGAACGGCGACCCCCUCUUCUUUCCCUCGAUCUGUUCGAAAUCACCUUUUUCCAAUGAAAAGCUACAACUGAUUUGGUCACACCUUCAACACCGACUUCAGUAUUCCUGUUUGGUGUACUUGCUCUUCUGGUACGCAGAAUUGGUUAGGCAAAAACAACUACUCCCUGCAGUAAGAAAUGCCCUGUCCGGAGAAAAAGCCCCAAUAGAAUUGGUCGCAUCUUCCACGACAACUUUCACAUUGCUGGCCAAGAUGGUUUUCAGCCCACUUUCAACCUUACAGCCCAAAGAUUGGCACAAAACAAUUCAUGUGCGUGUCUGCAGAAAAUGGGAGUAUCGUGGAAUCAACGAAGACAACCCCUUACAGCAUAUUGAUUUGGUUCUUGUUGACAGCCAGGGAAACACUAUGUAUGCUGAGAUCCCAGCAAAAGAGGCAGACAAACAUGGUCCGAUUAUACAAGUUGAUAGAACUUAUGUCAUAAGCCGCUUCAGAGUUUGCAAUGCAAAAGAUGCUUUCAGAUCUGUUCCUGGACCAUAUAUGUUGGAGUUUACCUGUCAUACCAAAAUCAGUGCAGCAACUGAAGAAAUAACUGAACCCAAGUACAUCUACAACCUAACUCCAUUCAGCAAACUUCCAGAGUUCAUUAACGACAAAAAAAAAUUCCAUGAUAUCUUGGGCAUACUCACAGAGAUAAAUGAACCGCAAUGGAUUCCAUUCUUAAAUCAAUCCAAACCUAGUCUGCGUCGUGAUAUCAAGUUGAAAGAUGAAAUCGGUGAAGAGAUCAAGCUAGUUCUUUGGGGCUCCAAAGCAACACAAUUUGAUAUUCCAAAAGACACAACUUCAGAAGACAAACCAAUCAUAAUAUUAUUCACUGGAUGCCUUGUCAAACUUUACCGUGGUGAACUUAAUGUCAGUGGCUACUUAGCUUGACAUUGGUACAUAAAUCCUGAUAUACCAGAAGCAGCACAUCUAUUAAACAGCACACUGGGACAACCUUUCGAGAUUAAACGAGCUGGCAUUCCAAUUACUGAGCAAAACCAACCAGAGCCUAUUGCUGUACUAGAUUUACUAACACUCAGAGAAAUGGAAGAGAUAGAUCCUUAUGAAUUUCCGAAAACUGGAUGCCGCUGCACUGUAACUAUCAUCCGUUUAGCUGAAACACAAUCUUGGUGGUACCCAGCAUGCAAUUUCUGUCGCAAAUCGUGUCAACAAGAUGGUUCUUCCUACAUAUGCUUAGAAUGCAAUACCAUUGAUAAAUACUCAUACAAAUACAAACUUCAAUUCAUUGCUUCUGAUCGGACUGAAGAAUCUGAGAUGAUUGCAUUUGCUACUGUUGCUCAUCGUAUUGUUGGUAAACCAGUUGAAGCUGUGAUGAGAUCUUAUAGAAACAGGGAUAACAUUCCCGCUGAUAUUGCAGCUAUAGUCUCGUCCAAAUUCACCUUUUCUGUUACCAUGGCCGAAGCUAGCUACCGCAACCCUAAGAAAUCAUACCAGGUCAAUAGUAUAAUUCAUAGCUAUGGCAAGCAACGUGCCCUUCCAUUCCACCCUCCCAAUCAAAGCCAGCUAGUAAUCCAAAAUGCCAACUUCUAUGCCCAAUCAAGUGGAAGUGUCCUUCCAUCAAACACACCUAAGAGCAGUUCUGAAUCACCUAUCCUUGACACACCUACUAAGAUGCUGCCUCUAGAACAAUUUUCUCUUCAGACCUCAGCUAAAACCUCUGAGCUUCCUCCAAAUACUUCAGAAGAGAACACCAAUACCCUCACUACAACACCACCUGCAACAAAAUCAUCCAAGAAAAGACUCCACAUGUCCGAAAAAGAUGAAGUGGAUGAAGAAGAGUUACCAUCUGAGACAGCAACACUUAACAGGAAGAAUGUUGAUGAAAAAAGUUCUGAUCUACAAAGCUCUUCACAUCCAAAACCAAUGUCGCCACCAGGGAAGCCCAGCACAACCAAGCUUCCAAAAACUCCCAAAAAAUAACAAUGUUAAGACAAGGAAAGACUGAGAAGCUGAUGAGCAACCAUCUGCAAGUGUUGCGCCAUUGCCUGAGCUUUGAUCAACUCGGCAAAAAAGAAUGAUCAGACCAAAAUUAUAUCUACUUCUCCAUUGCACUACUACUAUAAACUACACUUUAUGUUAUGUACCUAUGUAUUUCUAGAACUUAAGACAUUCUACUCGGUCUGCUUA